UUCUCGUGACCGCAUAGACAUGGCGAAUCUAUUUUGUUUUGUUUUUUUAUGUAUCGAAAUCUCAAUAAGCUAAUGAAAACAUAGAGAUAGAUCUAAAUUCUAAAUGAUUUUGGCCUUUUAAGUAGAUUUGAGGAUCCCGGUGUAGUGGUGGUGGAGUUAAGUAGUUACUGUUAAGUGAAACUGUGAGUAGUUUAGUCUUAAAGAAUUUUAUAAACAAAUUGAUCUAGCAGAAUCUAGCUAGAUCUAUAUUAGAUCUCCAUUGAUAAUUAUACAUUGCCGACAUUGGAUCAUAAGAUAAUAUAAGAUCUCAAAUAUGAUGAACAUGAAUUCUGCUGAAGCUGGGGAUUCACUCAUAUUUUCAUUAAAUGAAACUAAUGACAACAAUAAUACAAAUGCCAGUGCUAGUGCUCCUGCAUCAUUACCAAACAUGCCACCAGACUCAUAUCAAAUGACAUCUGAGGUUCAUGUAACGUUUGCCCCUCAAAACCAUAAUCAUACAUCAUACAAAUCUGAUAGAGAAAGUCACUCUGGUCACAGACCACCACGAUCACCAACUAGAGGGUGCAAAGAAAAUUCACCACUGUUGGGACCAAAGUCAGACUUUGAACACUCAUUUGAAUACAACUCAUUUCCAGAUGAUCCAUUUUUUCAUGAAACUGUAUUAGCAGCUGAAUUAGCCAUUGAGGCCAAUGUAUGUCCAGAAAGAAUAUAUCAGGGUUCAAGUGGAAGCUACUUUGUAAAAAAUACUGAACAGAAAAUUAUAGCUGUGUUCAAACCUAAAGAUGAAGAACCUUAUGGUCACCUGAACCCUAAGUGGACCAAAUGGAUGCAUAAACUAUGUUGUCCUUGCUGUUUUGGAAGAAGUUGCCUAGUGCCUAAUCAGGGUUAUUUGUCUGAAGCUGGAGCUAGUUUAGUUGAUCAAAAGCUUGGUUUGAAUGUUGUACCAAAGACUAAGGUGGUGCGUCUAGCUAGUGAGACCUUCAAUUACAGUGCAAUAGAUAGGGCUAAGGCCAGAACAAAAAGAAAUAUUUACAAUAGAGUCCCUAGUGUAGGAAGGCACUUUAACAGAAUAGGUUUGCCGCCAAAGAUUGGCUCCUUCCAGUUGUUUGUUAAUGGCUACAAAGAUGCAGACUAUUGGCUGAGGCGGUUUGAUAGCGAGGCUUUACCCGAGUCAACUGCUAAAAAAUUCCAGCAUCUCUUUGAACGUGUUGUUGUGUUGGAUUACAUUAUACGAAACACAGACAGGGGAAAUGAUAACUGGCUUAUAAAAUAUGAGCCUGCAUCAACAAAAGCAGGAUCAAGUCAAGGUGACAUAGAGGAUGCAGAAUGGAGUAUGGUAGAGAAUCCAGAAAUAGCAGUGGCUGCCAUAGACAAUGGAUUAGCCUUUCCAUUUAAACAUCCUGAUGAAUGGAGAGCUUAUCCCUAUCACUGGGCAUGGCUACCUCAAGCCAAAGUGCCAUUCUCAACGGAAAUUCAGGAACUUCUUCUAGACCAACUUUCAGAUAUGAAUUUCGUUCAAGAUCUUUGUGAUGAUCUUUAUGAUUUAUUCAAAUGUGAUAAAGGCUUUGAUCGUCAUACAUUUGAAAAGCAGAUGUCUGUGAUGAGAGGCCAGAUUCUUAAUUUAACUCAGGCUUUAAAAGACGGCCGCUCCCCAGUGCAGUUAGUUCAGAUGCCAGUGGUGACUGUGGAGAGGAACAAAUCCACAGUGGGCAGGACACGGGCUGACAGUGAAAUCUUCACACAGAGUUUCUCACACAGAGCACCUUUCUUCUCUUGGUGCUGACCUUGGCUUGGAAUGGUUAUGAGAGACUGUGUUCUUGUCAUCACUUGUUCAGGCAACAGGCGAUAUGUACAGUCCAAUUAGAAUUAUAAAUACUAGAUGCGGCCAAAAUAUUUCUCCUUGAAUUGUUGUUUCUGUUUUUUUCUAAGUCUUAUCAUUAUUAUUUUUUCAGUUUUCAUGAUUUUGUUAAGUCACUUCAGAUAUACUAUUGUUAUAUAAUAAAUAUUCAGUUAUAAAUUUUCUUUUAGUGCUGGUUAAUGGUGUUUAACGACCGAGUUGUAAAAUUAAUUGUAAAUGUAUUUUUUAUGAAAAUACUGCUUGAAUGUGUUUGGUGGUUAAGUGAUUUUUUGGCUGCCAAGCCAAGUGUCCUAUGUUUAAAUACUUGGAUUUUUAACUCAGGACCUAAGCAUGUCCACAUAGUUCCAUUGGGUGCCUAACUCUCAUCAAAGUAGGUGAAGGUUGUAGAUUGUCCACAGAAACAAGUGAUACUUGCAUUGCUAGCCCCAUAGAACAAAGGAUCGGAUAAAUCUCUAGAGAAAACACAUUGCUGUGCACUUGACAAACUAUUACUGCCUUUUUUGUAUAAGAUAUCAUAAGUUUGUCAUUAAACUUUUUGAUAAGAGAAACAGUUUAUCACAUUUAUUUUUUUGUUUUUAGUUUAUACAUAAUUUAGGCAGAAUUAGUAGCUGUUGAUAAAUUCAAAGUGUAGAAAGUUCAGGCAACAUUAAAGUUGCUUUUUUUGGUGAAAACUGCAGUAGAAAAGUUACAUGAGUAGAAAAGUUUAAAUGAGUAGAAAAGGUUAAAGACUUGUGUCAGCAUCAAAUUCAUUUAGGAAUGCAUCAUUCUAAGGGGAUUUACAGACCAGGGUCACAAGAUAAAAUCCUUGUGCACAUUGAGAUUUAAAAUCUAGAUACUCCUGAACACUCCUGAAUACCUUAUCCCAGCUCUUUGGGGUACCAGAUUUUCAUUACGGAAGUAAAAUCUUGAAGAGUGUUGGGCGCAGUCAAACAGUUAUUGUCCUAGACACCAAAGAUGCUGAGGGUCAUCGCUGCCCCUCCCCUUUCCACAAUGGAUAAUGGCGUUACUUUUAACUCUUAGUACUUUCUUGGUGUAUUGGUUUACAAACAAUAUUGUACCGGUAUGUAUUUUCUUGGCUUGACAAGAACAGAAUGGAGAGAUACUGCAGCUCAGUGAAUUAUAACCUAUAUUAUCUUUUGUUUUUUAUUAUUAGACACCCAAGUCUAAUAUUGAAUAUUUAAGAACUAAGGAGGCACUAACUGGCAUAGUGGUGAUUCUAAAUAGACUUACAGAGACUCAAGUUUUGUUGUUACAUGUUGAACGAUACGUCAGCUACCUUCAGCACUUGGAAAUCCUGCUCAUACAUGAACUCACUGUCUAAUCAUUACCCUUCCACUUUCAAUACUUAGAAUAAGCUGACAUGGAAUUCACUAUACCAUCUUCUGCACCAUGUGUAAAUGACAUUCCAUCACCUCAUGUUUUUUUUUGUUUUUUUUUUGUUAGUUUAAAUCAUUUUCACAUUUUUUCCCGAAUGACCUUGACCUUUAUUUUAAAAUUAAAUUGCUGUGACUUAUGUUGUCACUAAAUUACUUUUUGUGUGGAAAGUUUGCAUUGAAUCAUUUGUGAUGCUACUGUUAUGGGUAUGGUUAUAUUCAUAAAUUAUAUUUCACUUAAUUGAUAUUUUAAUUUCUCUGCUUGUGUAAUUCAAUAUUUUUGCAGGGCAUACAACCAGAUUUUAUCAGUAAAUGUGAUGCAUUACAGAAUUCUAUUUGUACCAAUAUUUGUUUCCUAGCUUGAUGUUCAAAAGAGAUAAAAGUUAUUGAUAGAUAUUUGAGAAAAGAACCUGAACCGAGACCCAUUGUCAUAGAAGGCCCUACCUGUCUGUACGACGUGGUAAUGAGCUUUUGGUCUCUACUGCCCACAGGUUGCUAUGAACUAUUGGUCUUGCCUGAUAGAAUUUGCAUAAUUCUUGUAUUUAACUUUGUGGCAUUGUCAGCCUGUUCAAUCAAGUCAUAAGAUACAGUUCACUUUGUGUGUUCUUUUUCAAAUUAUUUUUUAGAAGAGAAAAACAAUACCAGGAUAUUUAUCCUGUUAUGCCAUCUUGUACUUUUCUAGAAUAUCUAAUAUUUGAAUAUGACUUGAGUUGUAUUUUGCUGUGGUAUCUUUCAAUAGUUUCUGAUUUAUUCCAUUGUUAAUGUUGCUAUAAUAACACAGACCUAUGUGGCUGACAAGUAUUUCUAAACCUCUAACAGACCUAGCCUAGAUCACUUGUUGCAUCUGAAAAGUACUCUUUGUCUCUUGAAUUAUUUGACACUAAGGUUCAUGAAUUGAAUACAUUGAUUGGUUGGAAGAGAUUUUGUCUAGUGUUAAGAUAGAUGUAAAACUUCUAUUGCUUGCCAAUGUUUUAUUUGGUUGUUGGUACUUCUGAUAACCAAAUGUCUUAGUUGUUUCAUUGAUUGUUGUCAAGUGCUCUUCUUAGGCAUGUAGUUAUCCUGUUGGUUGUUCCAGUAGGCUGAUAGCUUCACUUUCAUUACUUCUAUAGUCUUAGUUACAGCAACAGCAGAAUGGAUUUCCUUAGAACUGUCAUCAUUUACAAAUGAUCAAAUCAGUAGUUUUAUAAAGAGAGCACACACACACAAUCUUUAAAACACAAAUGAGACCAUUCCUAAGAUCCUUUUUGAGAUAAGACUUAUUUUAGUUAACAAUUAGACAGUAUUUCAGUUACUGUGUCUGCUUUUUUCUAGCACAGUAUCAACCAGUUGUUAAAAGUUCAGAGAAAAUAAAGUCUGUUAAUACUUCCAUUAAAUGUUUUUUUUUU